AUGCCGAAACGAAAGUGUUGUGAACAUCCGGAAAAACAUGCAAAUUCUACUCGUGUACCAAAAGGAACAAUAGCCGUAUCGUUACAGCUAUCAAAAUUUUUGGUUUCUCGGUAUAAUAUGACGGAGACCCGAACGCGCUGGUUAUAUCCAAGAUGCCAUGUUGUUGAAUCGAAGGAAAUGACGGCUUAUCAAACAGUGCAGAUGAAAGACAAUGAAGUUUCGAGUGAUGAUGGCGAUGAUGAUGAUGCCAUGAUGACAGAGAUCCUCGACAAUUGUAGUACAAAGGACGAUGAUCAUGCUACCGAAGAAUUAACUGAAGAAGAAGAAGAUAAUGUUCGGAAGGAUAGUGGUUUUAUGAAUGAGUCGAAAGAGAAUAGUCAUCACUCACUGCAUAUGGAUGAAAGAUCGACCGAUUGUGAAUCAAUGGAUGAAGAAGAAGGCGAUGUUUUAUAUGAACACGAAUAUCAGAAAAACAAAGCGGUGAAACAAUUGUCGGCUGUAUUUGAAUUAUUAAAAAUAGAGCCAAUUCAUGAUAAAUUGACAGUAUUUCCUAUCCGAGUUAAAGUUGAUGAAGUCUAUCGAAAGCUUCAACAGUGGUGUGAUGUACUGGAAGGGGUGACUCAAGCUUCACAUGAUCCAAAUCCUCACGAACUUAGAAUAUCUGAAUCGAACGAGUUUUUGGAUGGUUUGAAAAAAUUGUUCGUCGAAAGCGACGCCAAUGAAAAAAAUCGUUUAAUGACAAUCGCUCCGAGAGAAUGGGGUAGACAAAAAAUCGAAAGAUGGUUUCAAGUAAAACAAAGUCAGGCUCGAAGAUCGCUGGUUCUACGAAAAGACAAAGGGAUAUUAGUCUAUCCACAAUGUUUACGAAGAAAUAUUCCUUUAUCUGAUGCUACGAUUGACACAGUUGUCAAGUUUUACCGUGAAGAUGGUAUCAGUCGAGUUUCAUCAAAUUCCAAGGACACAAUGAAAAUCAAUGGACAAGCUGUAGCAGUUCGUUUUAUGGAGAUGACUGUCCUGGAUGCUUAUCGAAUAUUUAACGAACGAUUGCCUGGAGCUGUCGCAAGGUCUACCUUCUAUCCUCUUCGACCACGCGAGGUGAAAAUUGCAACACCGCAUGGCACGUGCAUAUGUAUUAUCCACGAGAACAUGGAUUUAUUAUUGAAAGCUUGGAACAACCAUUAUCAAAAACAUGUCGCCAUAGCCUCUUCUUCAUCCGAUAACAAGAUUAAUAUGAAUGAUCUAAUUACUCAAAUGUUACUUUGUUCGCAAUUUCAUUCGACAAUUGGCCGAGAACAACGAAACGUAGCGAUCAUCAGUGAUUAUAUGGAACAUACAACAUCGUUCGUUUACCGUGCACAACAAAUUCUCGUCCGAUUCAUCAAAAAGAACUUUCCAUUGGUGAAAAAGAUCAGUUAUGUCAGCGACGGUGCUAGUGGACACUUCAAGAACAGCGCUAACAUUUUAAACUUAAUUCAUCACAAGAUCGAUUUUGAAUUAGAAGCUUCUUGGACAUUCACUUCCACCGGACACGGGAAGUCUGCAGGGGAUGGAAUUGGUGCUACCUUGAAGUNCACGUGCAUAUGUAUUAUCCACGAGAACAUGGAUUUAUUAUUGAAAGCUUGGAACAACCAUUAUCAAAAACAUGUCGCCAUAGCCUCUUCUUCAUCCGAUAACAAGAUUAAUAUGAAUGAUCUAAUUACUCAAAUAGUCUGUACUAUCCAAAAGGAAGAGUACUUCACUGGCGAGUGUGACAAUUGUCCGACAGCAAAUCUCAUCGACAUCCUUACUCACAACAACGCUAUAGAUCACGACGAAGAAUGCGCAUGGACUGUGUGGAAAAAAGUCAACAACAAAUUUGAUCUUCAAUAA